CCACGCCCGCCGCACGCGGCACGCGAGUGUCUAGCGAUUGGCCCCGUGUUGUGUCAGCGUGCGGCACCCUGGCCGAGGCCCCAAGUGUUACAGCUUCAGCCAGACGCGAUCGCAGACGGCCGCAUGCUUCGCUGCAUCAGCGUGCAGCCAUCUCUCAGCGCGCAUGCUCCCGGCGCCGCAGCCCCUGAUGCUAGCUCCGCACUCUCGGGCCCAGCUCAUCUGAUCGCCAAGUGGGCUAGACGAAUCAGGCGCGUUGCCGGGGGUCACCAUGACUUCAGAGUCGGCCGUCGCGCGCUGGCUCGACGACACCGCCUCGACACGGCCGGCCACGUUGCUGCACCCGGGCGAUGAAUUCCCGCUCCGCACCUUCAGCAACCCGCCCUCGACCAGCAGCCUCAGCGACGCCGCCACCGACAGCGACGCCGCGCCCCCGCCCACACAGCCGCGCCCGGCCAUAGACACCUCGCUCUUCCCGACGGGCGCGCUUGGGAUGGAGACGUCGACCCGGCGGCGCUCGUCCUCUCUCACCGGCCCUGCCGCCGCCGCCGCCUCGAGCAGCAAGGAGCGCCGGCACCGCGCGCGUGACGCCCACAUUGCCGAGGAGGACAGCUCGGCCUCGGACAGCGGCGAGCACAGCGCGCGCAGGGAGCGCACGAAGCGUAUCCGGCGGAGGGAUCACAGCGGGCAUAGAGAUCACAGCACCAGCGACAGCGCCAGCGACGACAUGAGCGCCGACGGGCUCGACGAUGACGAGGAGACGGGGCUGACCCGCAAGGUGCGCCGCAAGAAUGCCCGCCGCAAGCGCCGCAACACGCUGCUCGACAACCGCAUCGUGCCCGACGCCCCCAUUACCUUCACCAAGGAGGAGAAGGCGCUCGCCGACCAGAGCCUGUACCGCUCGAUGCUGGUCAACGCCGUGCUGAUCCUGCUGUGGUACCUCUUCUCCAUAUCCAUCUCCGUCUACAACAAGUGGAUGUUCAAAGUCGAAACGGGCGACGGCGCCGCCACCAACAUCUUCCCCUUUCCGCUCUUCACCACGUGUCUGCACAUGCUGGUGCAGUUCUCGCUCGCCUCGCUCGUGCUGUUCCUCGUGCCCUCGCUGCGCCCGCGCCACGACGCGCUCAACCCCCACGCGCCCGGCGCCCGUGUCGAGCCCGUCGACCCCAAGAAGCCGCUCAUGACCAAGUGGUUCUACUUCUCGCGCAUUGGGCCGUGUGGCGCGGCGACGGGCAUGGACAUUGGCCUGGGCAACACGAGUCUGAAGUUUAUUUCCUUGACUUUCUUCACUAUGUGCAAGUCGUCGGCGCUGGGCUUCGUCCUCAUCUUUGCCUUUCUAUUCCGCCUUGAGCAGCCCUCGUGGCGCCUUGUGCUUAUCAUUGCUAUCAUGACCCUCGGCGUCGUCAUGAUGGUCGCCGGCGAGACGGCCUUCCACGCGCUCGGCUUCAUCCUCGUCAUGGCCUCGGCCUGCUCGUCGGGCUUCCGCUGGUCGCUGACCCAGAUCCUGCUCCUGCGCAACCCCGCCACCGCGAACCCCUUCUCCUCCAUCUUCUUCCUCGCGCCCGUCAUGUUCACCAGCAUCUUUGUGCUCGCGGUGCCCGUCGAGGGCUUUGGCGCGCUCCAAGAGGGGCUGGCCCGGCUCUUCGACCAAAAGGGCACCGCGCUCGGCAUCGGCAUCCUGAUCUUCCCCGGCUGUCUCGCCUUCCUCAUGACGUCCUCGGAGUUCGCGCUGCUCAAGCGCACCUCGGUCGUGACGCUCAGCAUCUGCGGCAUCUUCAAGGAAGUCGUCACCAUCACCACCGCAAACCUCGUCUUCAACGACCCCCUCACCCCCAUCAACCUCACCGGCCUGGUCGUCACCAUCGCCAGCAUCGCCCUGUACAACUACAUGAAGAUCAAGAAGAUGCGCGAGGAACACCUCCUCAAGGCCCAUCUCGACGCGCACGACGAAUACGCCCCCGUCCGCACCGCCGACCCGGACCGCGCGCGCGUCUCACUUAGCUCGCACCGAGGCGCUGCGGCGAGUCUGCAGCUCGCACCGGCCGGCACGGCCGCGCGCAGCGAGUCGCCUGCGCGCGCCAGCCCCGUCAAGCGCCCCGAGGAUCUGGAUUAGAGGGGCUUGUUGGGAUGUUUUGUUGCGGGAUUGCGUGCAUUACAGGCGUUGGGCUACACGGGCGGGCAAUAACCGCCCCGGAUACAUUAUUUUCUUGCGUCGCGAAUUGAAUGUUCAUUGCUGAUGUGGUUGCCUGCUGUCGUGAAG